GAUCAUUUUCUUUACAGUGGUGGGGAUAGGAACCAGGGGUUGUGAUGUCUACAAGACAAAUAGUUGUAUUUGCUAUCCAAACAACAUGUGAACCCACAUAUCUUUUGAGUUGUUACAUGUAGUGUUGAUAAUGGUAGAACAGUGAUAAAUCUGAAGAAUUAAGCUUUAUUUGGGGAUUAUUUUCUCUUACAAUGCCCCACCUAUGGACCUGCAAAUAUAUUUUAGAUCAUUUCAAAACUAUUCUGUAACAACAACAUCUCAGGCAUUAGGUCACCGUUUAAUGAACUGAAAAAGUUGGCUUUUAGAGGCAUUAAACACUACACGUCAUCUGAGUUUUAAAUGUGAUGUUGAUGAUGGUAAAAUAGGCAGAAAUCUGAAAAAAAAAAUCUUUGGGGGCUAUUUUGCCUUGUAACACCCCGCAUGCACCCCCUCCACGAUGAAUGGAUUAAAAUAAAUGAAUUAAAAUACAUUUUAAGCCAAAAACCUCACAAAACUAUGGCCAUCUUACCAUUACAUGUAAUAACUUUAUGUGAGGGAGCUUUCAGAGGUGGACGCCUGGUUCCUAUUACCACCACUGUGAACAAUUCUGACUCGGUAAGUUUCUCUAGAACGGAGCAUUUCACAUCAGACCACUCUGAGCGACUUUGUUUACACCUCAACCAUUUAAUUAUGCAGAUUUUUUUUAAUUGGUGGAGUUCCCCUUUAAAGCCCAAAGAAGCCAAGCUCUUUCGCCUUUGUGUUGGGAGGGGGGGCAUUAACACCUUUUCAAAGUGCAAAUCCUCUGGAUUGUCUGGGCUUCUACAAGAGGUGCUGCUAUUAAAAUACGCCUAUAACAAAUGGCGCAGAGUUUUAAAGUAGAGGCGGCUCCUUGGCACCGUGGGGCGGGGCGACACCCACACCGCAAUUAAAGAUGAACUUUGCGUGAACUAAUUUAUCUGAGCAAGGUAACAGGAGGCCGAGACGCAGGGAAUGGGUAUAAAAGGGGUGAGACCUUCGCAGUUCACAGCCAACAGUCUCUCAAAUCUCUUACUAUGGGUUUGUACACUUUACUGGUAACCUUGCUCUGCACGGUGGUGCUCCCGGUCCUGCUCUUUCUGGCCGCGGUGAAGCUGUGGGAGGUGUUGGUAGUCAGAGGGAUUGAUCCGGGCUGUGGAAGCCCCCUUCCUCCAGGGACCAUGGGCUUACCGUUCAUUGGAGAGACACUGCAGCUCAUCCUGCAGAGGAGGAAAUUUCUCCGAAUGAAGCGACAGAAAUACGGAUUUAUCUACAAAACGCACCUAUUCGGUAACCCCACUGUCAGAGUGAUGGGCGCUGAUAACGUGAGGCAGAUUCUGCUGGGGGAGCACAAACUUGUUGCCGUUCAGUGGCCAGCAUCGGUCAGGACCAUCCUGGGCUCUGAUACGCUCUCCAACGUCCAAGGCAGCCAGCACAGGAAUAAGAAAAAGGCGGUGAUGAAGGCUUUCUCUCGGGAUGCUCUGGAGCACUACAUCCCGGUAAUCCGGGAGGAGGUGCGGAGUGCCGUGCAGGACUGGAUGCAGCGCGUCCCCUGCGUGCUCGUCUACCCGGACAUGAAGCGCCUCAUGUUCCGCAUUGCCAUGAGGAUCCUCCUGGGCUUCGAGCCAGAGCAGAUCAAGACUGACGAGCAAGCGCUGGUUGAAGCUUUUGAGGAAAUGAUCAAGAACCUGUUCUCCCUUCCCAUUGACGUCCCCUUCAGCGGCUUAUAUCGGGGCCUGAAAGCACGAAACUUUAUCCACGCCAAAAUAGAGGAGAACAUCAAAAAGAAAAUCCAAGAUGGCGACAACGAAAACGAGCCAAUACACAAGGACGCGCUUCAGUUGUUGAUAGAAAAUAGCAGAAAGAGUGACGAGCCGCUUAGCAUGCAGGCGAUGAAGGAGUCAGCAACUGAACUUCUCUUUGGAGGCCAUGAGACCACGGCUAGCACAGCAACCUCUCUGGUGAUGUUCCUGGGGCUGAAUCCUGAGGUGGUUCAGCGAAUUAGAGACGAGCUGAAAGAGAAGGUAAGACCUUUUACCUCUGUGGAACACAUUUUGUGUGACAAAUUAUGGAUGGACACUGAGCCGCUCUUCUUUCUCCCACAGGACGUUUUAAGUAUGCACUCACCUGGAAAGGCUCUAAAUAUGGAGCUACUAGAACAACUCAAGUACACUGGGUGCGUCAUCAAGGAAACCCUCAGGAUUAAUCCACCUGUACCUGGGGGAUUCCGCGUGGCACUCAAAACCUUCGAACUUAAUGGCUACCAGAUUCCUAAAGGCUGGAAUGUCAUUUACAGCAUUUGUGAUACACAUGAUGUCGCAGAUGUCUUCCCUAACAAAGAGGAAUUCCAGCCAGAGCGAUUCAUGACCAAAGGCUUGGAGGACAGUUCCAGGUUUAACUACAUCCCCUUUGGAGGAGGUUCCAGAAUGUGUGUGGGCAAAGAGUUUGCCAAAGUGCUGCUCAAGAUAUUUUUAGUUGAGCUAGUACAGCAGUGCAACUGGACACUUUUGAAUGGACCGCCAACAAUGAAAACAGGCCCAACUGUGUACCCUGUGGACAAUCUUCCCACAAAGUUCAGCCCUUACAUCAGCAAUUAGUCCAUUAAAUCGGCUAUAAGAUGCUAACAUGAGCAUUGUACAUAGGCAUAUUUUAAUUUUCUAGAUGAAAUGUGAUGUAUGACAUUUUUAUAUUUGGUUUAUAUAAUAAAUCUGUAUAUAAAUCCAUUUUUAACAAAGGGCACUACUCUUACAUGGAUCGCUGUAUUUCUAUGAGGUAUCUGUGAUGUAUAUUUGUAAUGUAGCUUUGUUUUUAUAUAUAUUUAGUGUUUUGUACUGAAUGCAACUUAUUUAAAUUACUCUUUGCUGUAUGGACUUUAUUUAAUAAAAC